CAGCUGCAAUCUGGCAUUCAGUCCUUUGACACGUGUGACACAUACUUCACUAUUUGUCACUUUUUUUUUUACAAACUCUCAAUACCUAUCACCACCGCCUCCCUUUUCAUUCUCUUUUUUCUUUUACGCUUCACUUCCUCUACCCUUUUCUUCUUCUUAUCUUUUCAUGAGGGAACCUGACCGGAGUUGCCGGAAUGAUGCCUCCGGAGAUGCCGCCGUGGCCGCCCCUACCUCACCAAGGAGAAGGCGGCGGAUGGAUUGGUUAAUGGUGUUGGUUCUCAUGUUCAUGUAUUUUGGGAUAUACUUAAUUCACCCAUUUCAGCGUUUUGUGGGGAGUGAUAUGAUCACCCAUCUCAAAUGCCCUUUGAUCACAGUCACUGUUCCCUUUUGGACUGUUCCUUUGUAUGCAGUUGUGUUGCCAAUUGGAAUCUUUGUGUUGGUGUAUAUGCGAAGGAGAGAUGCCUACGAUCUUCAUGAUGCCAUUUUAGGUAUUCUCUUCUCUGUUCUAGUAACAGGGGUUCUAACUGAAACAACUAAGAAUGCAGUUGGUUGGCCAAGGCCAGAUUUCUUUUGGCGUUGCUUUCCCGAUGGAAACGAAGUUUACGAUCGAUUGGGAAAUGUCGUUUGUCAUGGGAAGAAAAGUUUCGUGUUGGAUGGAUACAAGAGUUUUCCCAGUGGUCAUGCUUCAUGGUCAUUUGCUGGUCUUGGUUUUCUCUCAUUAUACUUAUCAGGCAAGCUAAAAGUAUUUGAGCAUGGAGGAGGCCAUGUCGCAAAAUUGCUUUUGGUUCUCCUCCCUUUGUUGAUUGCUUAUAUUGUUGGGAUCUUUAUGGUGAAUGACUAUAUGCAUCAUCCCCAAGAUGUUUUUUUUGGUUCUCUCAUGGGUCUUUUAGUGGCUAAACUGGUUUAUUUGCAGUUCUUUCCAUCCCCACAUUAUCAUAGAGAUGAUUUCGUUCCGACUCCAGUGCAAUCUAGAACCAUUGUCCAAACAAGCGACAUUCCGGUGCAAUCUAGAACCAUUGUCCAACCAAGUGACAUUCCAGCGAUUGCGCCUGUGGGCAGGCCGAUGGAUAUCGAAGCCCCUGCUCCCCUCGAAAGUAGAGGGCUGUGACAAACAAAAGUGAAAAGGCACUCAUUUUCUCAAGAUGUGAACACUAAAUCUGUAACGCCCCAAAAAUUUAGAUAAUUUUGGAGUCAGUUAUCUUAAUUUUGUUUAUCUAGAUUUAAUUUAUUGGGCGUUAUUUUGAAUCCAUUUAAUGAGAAUUAUUUGAUUUAAGUGAGAAUUAAAAUUAAUUAAAUAUUUCUUGGAUGAAUAUUUAAUUAAUUAGAGGUUUUGACACGUGGUGUUUGUUGAGUUUUUAUUAAAUGGUAGGUUAAGAGAAUUAAGUAAAGUUGUGGAUUUUUAGUGUUGUUGAAGUUGAAUUUAAUUAAAUAAUUAUGGAUGUUAUUUAAUUAAA